UUAUAUAAAAUGGUUUUUAGCAGUGUCUUCUCUCCCUCCCAGCUGCACUCUCUAGGGUUUCUCACACAUUCGGCGUCUUCUCCGUAUUCGAAAUGGCGAAGAGAACCAAGAAGGUCGGAAUCGUCGGCAAGUACGGAACUCGUUAUGGAGCGAGUAUCAGGAAGCAGAUUAAGAAGAUGGAGGUGAGCCAGCACAGCAAGUACUUCUGUGAGUUCUGCGGAAAGUAUGGAGUCAAGCGAAAGGCUGUUGGUAUCUGGGGAUGCAAGGAUUGCGGCAAGGUCAAGGCCGGUGGUGCUUACACCAUGAACACUGCCAGUGCUGUUACCGUCAGAAGCACAAUCAGGAGGUUGAGGGAGCAGAUUGAGGGUUAAAUCUUCCUAUGCUUUGUCAUAAUUUUGCGUUGUUUUGACGAUUGUGUCUUUGGAGUACCAUGUUUUUGAUUCGAGACAUUGUUACAUUUAGCCGUGAAUCAACUAUUCCGUGACAGUUGUUUUCUGGAUUACUAUUUGAUUACGACUCGACUUUAAUUUUCUACUUA